AUGGAAGACAUCAACGCCAUCGCAAAGCAGUUUGUCGACUUUUACUACGCCACCUUUUCUUCAGGUCGUUCAAAUCUCAGUGCUCUCUAUCGUCCCAACUCCAUGCUCACCUUCGAGGGAACCCCCAUUAAAGGUGUCGACGCUGUCAUUGAGAAGCUUGUCUCCCUUCCUUUCCAGAAGGUCCAGCACAAGAUUACCACCCUCGACGCACAACCAUCGUCUGCUACUAUGGACGUCGCCAGUCUUAUCGUCAGCGUCACUGGUCUUUUGGUCGUCGACGAUUCCGAAAACCCAUUGAACUUUAGUCAGGUUUUCCAACUCUACCCAGAGGGUCGUACCUACUACGUACUCAACGAUAUUUUCCGUCUCAACUACGGUUAG